GCUUUUUGCUGCGCUGAUCGACAACUUAGAUUUUCUCUAUUUCAGUUUAUUCCCCAAUUCAAAAUGGCGGCAGUAUAUAAGUCAGUGUCUAAGAAACAGGCUAAGCAGCUUGCCAGAGAGCAAGAGCAGGACGACUCAGACGCAGAAAUGGCUGAGAUGGCUGACCUUCUCGCCGACGCCGACGAUACAAGCGACAGCGAAGAAGAGGAGGAAGAAGAUUUGGAAUCAGCCAAGAAGCAGCUUGCUGCUGGAUAUAUGCCAAAGACUCGGGUUCUUAUGUUGACUUCCAGGGGUGUCACAUCUCGCCAUCGGCACUUGCUUGCAGACCUUACCGGUUUACUCCCUCAUACCCACAAAGAAAGCAAACUCGAUACUAAAAAGAAGACCGCUGGAUACAACUUACUUUUGAACGAUCUCGCUGACCUUCAUUCCUGCAACGUUAUUUUCUUCCUUGAGGCUCGCAAGCGUGGUCAAGAUUUGUACCUCUGGCUCGCUCGUCCCCCGAACGGACCUACACUCAAAUUCCACGUUAACAAUUUACACACUAUGGGCGAACUGAAUGCUGGAUUCAGCGGCAACUGCUUGAAGGGUGGCCGUGGUGUUGUGGUUUUUGAUCGCUCAUUCGACGAACAAGGCCCGGUUAUGAGCCAGCCAGGCAACGAGUACCGUGGACUGGUCCGGGAGAUGCUGCGGGGUGUCUUCUCCGUCCCUAAGCGUGGUGUCAAGGGAAUGAAGCCUUUCAUCGAUCGUAUCAUUGGUGUGUUUGGCGUCGACGGCAAGAUCUGGAUUCGCGUGUACGAGAUCAGAGAGUCCGAAGGUGGAGGCAAGAAGAAGCCUGAGGAUGGUGAGGAAACCGUGAAGCCUGUACCUAAGGGCAAGGAUGGUCUACCAGAAGUUUCGCUUGUCGAGGUCGGACCUCGUUUCGUUUUGACCCCGAUUGUCAUCCUGGAGGGCAGCUUCGGCGGUCCUGUUAUCUACGAGAACAAGGAAUACGUGAGCCCGAACCAGGUCCGUCACGAUAUUCGUAUUAGCAAGGCAGCCCGCCACGCGAAGCGCAGAGACGUGCAAACCGACCGUUUCGCUAAGCGGACAAAUUUGGGAUUGGGAGAAGGCCAGCGCAAACCAGAUGCAUUGGACAACAGGCAGUUGUUCGCAUGAUUGCUUGCUUUAUUCCGUUUACUUUUCAUUCAUUUUGUCUCUUCUUGUUAGUGCUAUUAGACUCGAUAUCCUAAGGGGAUGUACAUGUGUUUGAGAUGCAAGGGGCACCUUAUCAUGGUCUAAAAGGCGUCUGGUGUGAAACAACAUAAUAAAAGUUCAAAUGUCAUGAUAAAUUCCGAUCCAAGUCCUUCCACCGGCUGGUAGAAGUCGCUCAUUUUUUAGGCUGAAUUAUCGCAUUAGGGCAUAAGUGCUGCAGAAACCAUGCGCAUUUGACUG